AUGCUCAUCUCAAAACUGGACUCGCCUAGCAGCACUCUGUACGAUACAUUAGCUCAUAUAAGUCGGAUCUACGGGUCUGGGUCAACCCUUUUUCGACAUUUGUAUGAGAUUUUCAGCGGAAUGAAACAUCCACUAGACGAGCAGGGAUAUGGUUUGUCGGCUGGUCGUUUAUUGUCUGCAGUGAUUGAGUCAUCGGCAUUUUUGGUGAAGCCCGAGGUAAUAUUAUCCAUUCAACGGAAAAUUUGCGAAGAGAUAGUGCGAAACCCGGAUUCUGUAGUGUAUCGUGACAUACUAGCCUCCUUUCUGAGCUGCAGCUACGAACUAGCUCCUCCUCCUGUUCAGAUUGCCCGUACCGUCAUGGCUAGAUGUGCAAAUUCGACUGAAAUGCAAACUCUGCGACGCCUUUGUGAAGUCAUCACAAGGCCACGAAUUCAGAACUUGGCUCAUCACGAAGUCGUUUCGCGUUGCAAUGCAAGAAAGAGAAGUGAUGCAAUCGGUGACGGAUGGGAUAACAAAGAACUUGCUACAGCACCCAAUAUGAAACCUGCCGAUGAACUUGUGGAGUUUGACAGAAGGGUGGCUGAAAUUCUUCAACAAGGUGAACAGGUCAAGAGAGAGGACGAGAAAAUGUCGACUAGUGAGCCAGUGCCUUCCGCAGUGUCCCACAACGGGGCCGAGCCCACAAAUAGACAUGUUGCGGAUUCACCCGAAAUCAUCGAACUGCCACAGGAGGUGGAAGUUGUGGAAAUUCGACACAACGUUUUCGAGCCAAGUCCUGAACCUGCCACUAAGAAAGCCAAGUUUAUGAAGAAGAAAAAAGCAAAAAGACAACAAGAGAACGUAACGUUACUGAAAGGAGAAUCUACUGUGGAAGAGAUCCUAAGCACAUUCUGUCCUGACUAG